GCUGCCGUCAAACUGAGCGAAGCAGAACGUGCGGUGCAGCUGAAGCCCCUCCUGGACGCUGGCUGGCAGAUAGUGGAGAACAGGGACGCCAUUAAAAGGACGUUCAUGUUCCAGAAUUUCAAUCAGGCGUGGAGCUUCAUGAACCAGGUGGCGCUGGCGGGCGAGAAGAUGGAUCACCACCCGGAGUGGUUCAACGUUUACAACAAGGUGGAGAUCACUUGGGCCACGCACGACUGUGGGGGCCUCUCCGCCAGAGACAUCAAGAUGGCCACGUUCUGCGACAACGCCGCCAAACUCUUCGCCAAGUGAGGUAACGGAAACACAAAGGCUCCGCUCCGAACGGAUUCAUCGCGUCUCCCGGCUGCUGAACCGUUGCCGAAGCUCAGAGGACCACGGAAACGUUGCUGAUGCUUUAAUUUCGACGUUAACGUUUCAUAUUAUCUGUUAUAUGUGAGAAUAUAUUUACAAACAGCA